AUGGUGCAGAUCAAAGAAUUCCGUAUCACCAUGCCCUUUACUCUCGACGAGUAUCACGUGGGGCACACCUAUAUGCGGUCGCGCAUGCAAAUGGAGAACACCAAGGGGCGCGAGGGCGUCGAGGUGAUCGCCAGCGAGCCGUUCAAAGACGACGUCUUAGGCGAGGGGCAUUUCUCGCACGUCGUGCACCACUUUCAGGGCCGCGCGCCCGCGUGGAUCCGCGCGCUCGCGCCGCUCAAGGCGCUGCGGCUGGAGGAGAAGAACUGGAACGCGUACCCGCGCAGCCGCAUGGAGCUCAGCUGCCCGUAUUUCACCACCUUCAAGAUAGUCGUCGACACGUAUCACCUCGCCGACCGAGGCGACACGGAGAACGCGCUGGAUCUGUCAAAAGCUGACGUGGCGCUACGCAAGGUGGACCACGUGGACAUCGCGUCGGCCGACAGGGACAUGUGGUCGCGCAUCAUCGCGCGGAAGCGCACCGACCCCUCCAAGAUCGCCCUGCUUAAACUCAACCGCGGCCCGCUCGCCCCGGGAUGGCAGAAAACGUGCGAGCCUGUGAUGACGUCGUACAAGGUGAUACGAGUGGACGCGCCCUACUGGGGGUUCGGCAGGCAGAUGGAGCUCGCCGCAAUCGCCGCGCACCGCGCGCUUUACCUGGAGGCGUACAGGAAGUGCUAUGCAUGGGCGGACGAGUGGUGCGAGAUGACUGUGGCAGACGCACGGUGGAUCGAGCAGGAAAACAUCGACAGAAUGCGAAAGAGCCUUUCCCUGAGUGACAACUUGGAUGAUGAAGCUUUCAGUGAUGCUGUGGAGGAUGCAGUGGAGGGGGAGGAGGAAGGAGAGGAAGAGGGCGUGUUCAAGUCGGUAACAGCUCUACCUGCUGUUGCUCCCGUAGCCGCAUGA